CACAAAUGGUAUCAGUUAUUGGUCGAUAGAAAUCUAGAAGCGUCUGUGAGCCUAGCGAAAUUGUGGUAAUCGCUGGAUGAAACAACGGACCAUCGACGUGAGGCUAGAAACAAAAAUUGCAUGCUUUCUAACAUAACAAGAUGGAGCUCAUAAAGAAAGAAGAAAAUACUCAACAUGAAACAAAUUUAGAAGAAAGAGAACGGUGGGACCGGAAGAUUGAGUUUAUUUUCUCGUGCAUUGGCUUCGCUGUUGGAUAUGGCAACUUUUGGCGCUUUCCAUUUAAAUGUUUUAAGAAUGGAGGAGGUGCAUUUCUAGUUCCUUUUGUGAUAUGUCUCCUUCUUGCCGGGGUUCCACUUUUCUUUUUGGAGCUGAGUGUUGGCCAGUUUACCCAGUCUGGUCCGGUUAAAGCUUGGAAGAAAAUUUGUCCGCUUUUUUCAGGAAUUGGUAUCUCAAUGGUCCUUGUUUCAUUCUUUUGUUCAAUAUAUUAUAAUGUAAUUCUGGCAUGGAGUUGCUAUUACUUCUUUAAUUCGUUCAAAUCUGAUAUACCCUGGGUUGGAUGCAACCAUAAUUGGAACACAAAGUACUGCUUUGACCCUUUUUCGAAGGCAAAUACAAGUGUAACAUUCAAUGAAAGUAGACCAUCACCAAGCAGAGAGUUCUUUAUACAUGAUGUGUUGCAGUUGAGUAAAGGAAUCGACGCUGCUGGUGUUAUCAACUGGAAGCUGGCCCUAUGCCUUCUCCUUUCUUGGGUUAUGGUUUACUUUUGCAUUUGGAAAGGCAUCCGAACAACAGGGAAGGUCGUGUAUGUGACGGCUACGCUCCCCUAUUUGAUGCUUCUGGUGUUCUUUGUCAAGGGUUUGACUCUGCCCGGUUCUUUAGAUGGUGUUAGGUACUAUAUAACACCAAAAUGGCACAAACUUCUGGAAGCUGAAGUAUGGAUAGAUGCAGCGUCUCAAGUAUUUUUCUCCAUUACAAUAGGUUUUGGAGUGAUGCUAACAUUUGCCAGCUACAAUCCCAAAAGAAACAAUGUUUGCAGAGAUGCAUUGAUAAUUUCCAUUGCUGACGCACUCACGAGCAUCUUCUCCGGUUUUGUGGUAUUCCUGAUUCUUGGCUACAUGGCAGAGAUCCAGGGCAAAGAUAUCACCGAUCCAAGCGUAGCCACUGAUGGUCCUGGGUUAGUGUUCAUAGUUUAUCCAGCUGCAUUGGCUACACUUCCCCAGCCUCAAGUUUGGGCUGUUGUGUUCUUUCUCAUGUUGAUCACUUUGGGAUUAGACAGCCAGUUUGGACAAGUUGAGCUGAUAUGUGCCAGCAUUAUUGAAGAAUAUCCGAAUCGUUUUAAAAAGUACAAAGAGCUUGUCGUCCUUGUCGCUUGCCUCGUCAUGUUUCUUCUUGGUCUUAGCUGCGUAACUGAGGGUGGAAUGUACGUGUUCAAUUUGCUUGAUUCUUAUGCAGCUGGAGCAACUAUACUAUUUCUUGGCAUUACUGAAGUGGUUGUUGUUGCCUGGAUUUACGGUGCUGAUCGGUUCAGAAAAGACAUUUCGGCGAUGUCGCAGAGGCCAGUUUCUGUUCUUUGGGUAUAUCUUUGGAAAUAUGUGACACCAAUCAUGACUGCUGGUAUAUUCAUUGCAUAUCUGAUUCAAUACAAGCCACUGACAUACGAAACAACCUACGUGUAUCCCGUGUGGGCUGAUGCAUGUGGCUGGCUUAUUGUAGCUUCGAUUAUAUUGUGUGUUCCAGUCUUCGCAAUUAAACGCUGUAUGAACUCAUAUGGCACACCUCUUAUGAGAUGUAAAGAAUCAGUUUAUCCAGAUGACACGCUGCUAUAUGAUGAUGCAGUCGAACUUAAAGGAGUUAAGACGAAAUAGAAAUAGUAGAGAGAUCAACAAAAGGAAGGCACGAAUAAGAAAGAAGAAAACUUUUUUAUCAAUAAUUUUUGUAACAGACAUUUUUCUCUAUCAGAACCGAAGCUAUAUUUUUGUAAAAUCAUUUACAGUAGUUGAUCGCAAAUAAUGUUUGGUUGAUGAAAUGAUUCUGUAAAUCACAAUCAGAUUGUAUUAGAUUCCAUAUCUCUUCCGAAGAAGUUAAUGUUGUUUUUUAUCGUUUUCAAUAAUUUGCCUCAUCUUUUUUAAAUGAAUAUUAAUAGAUCAAAGAAAAAACUUAGUAACAGAGGUUUUAUUUGUUCCGUUCGUGACUUUCUCGUGGUGUCGUCGAAGAUUGAAUCAAGCUGUUAUGAAUCAAACUACCAAAGCAAGAUAACUAUGUAAGGUGUCUUGUGCAACGAACAUCCUUGAGGUCAUCAGCAGUGUGAUAGACAAUCACUAAGUUAAAACCUUUGUAGUGCUAUACCUAAUAGAGGACUGGGUACAAGUGUCCCAGUCUAAAAACAGCUUUUGAGA